GUCCCUGGAGCCGGCCGCGUCCUUUGUGCGGCGCUCGCUUUGCGCCGCUGGGCAGCGGGACGGAAUGCGGGCGCUGCAGAGGCUUUUCUCUUCUGCUCAAACUCUUGAAACAAUGGACUGUAAGAGGAGCAUGGAUUGAGGGGGGCGAGCGGGGAAGCGAAGCGAGCUGCACAGGGAAUCAUGACUUCUGCCGCCGAGAUUAAGAAGCCACCAGUGGCCCCCAAGCCAAAGUUUGUGGUAGCAAAUAAUAAGCCAGCUCCACCUCCUAUUGCACCUAAACCUGAUAUUGUGAUCUCUAGUGUUCCACAGUCAACAAAGAAAACCAAACCAGCAAUAGCCCCAAAACCAAAAGUUCUGAAGGGCUCACCUGUUGGAGACAUUGGGCAGUCACCAUCAAGGAAAAUCAUUGUGAACCUGGAAGAGCACAAACAGGAAUUACCUGAAAAUGCCGACAACUCUAAUUGUAAAAAUGUAGGGCAUCAGAGCAAUGAUUAUAUUUUACCAAUGUGUUCAUGCAGUUCUCAGUGUAUCCAUAAACUUGGGAAUAGAGAGAAUUUGUGUGUAAAGCAACUUAUCUUAGAGCCCCUGGAAAUGCAUGAAAAUUUAGAAAAUAGUAAAAUUGAUGAAUUCUCUUCAGCUAUAAAAACAAGGAGUAAAUGUGAUUCUAAUGUUGAAAAUGUCAAGAGCCAGAGUGGAGUAGUUUUAAAGGCAAACAUCCUAGAAGAGAAGCUUAAAAAUGUUUUAACACAACGAACAUUACCUUUUAUUUCCCUACAGAAGCACAGAUCCACAGACAACUCAGAAAUUAAUGAUGGCUAUAAUUCUAACAGACAAUUCAGAGUUGAGUUUGCAGAUUUGUCACCUUCCCUGUCCAGCUUUGAAAAAGUUCCUGAUCAUCACCACUGCCACCUACAGCUUCCUAGUGAUGAAACUUAUCAGCAUAGCAGUGAAAAAAGCAAUACUUGCUUUCAUUCAUCUGAACAAGAAGCUCUGGAAAAUGGUAAAAGGAGUACUUUUCUAUCUUCAGAUGGAGUUAAUAAGAAAUCAGAAGUCAAAGACCUUGGUCCCUUAGAAAUUCAGUUAGUACCAUAUACUCCCAAAUUUCCAACCCCCAAGCCCAGAAAGACACGGGCUGCUCGUCUGUUACGUCAAAAGUAUAUAGAUGUUCCUAGUGAAAGUACUGAAGAACCAGAGAAUUUAGACAGUAACUCUUCUUGUCUUUUAGAAGCUGGUUUGAAAAACAAUAAAAUCAGUGUUCUUCAUCAGAAUGUUUUGUGUAACAAGGAACAGGUGGACAAAGUGAAGCCAGGAAAUAAAAGUGAAUUGAAUGUGGACUCCAAUGGUGACAGACAAAAUUUAGUCAAUCCACAGAAAGCUAUGUGUCAUGAAACAUCUUCCUUUGAAAAAAUGGAAACAGAUUCUAAUUUAAAUUCUGACAGCAAGACAGUGGAUGGUUCUAGUAUGUCACUUGCUGUGGACAAAGGGACCAGUUUUAUAAGAUGUAGUACUUUAUCUAUGAGCUUGCCUAAGCAGCUCAAAUUAACCUGCAAUGAACAUUUGCCUACCACCUGUAACCUGGGAGUGUCUGCCCCUCAAAUGCAAAAGCAAUCUACAAUAAAAGGUGAAAUUUCCUCAAGGAUUGUCCCGAAAAAACCUCAAAGACACAGCUUGCCUGCUGCAGGAGUGCUUAAAAAGGCUGCCUCAGAGGAGCUUGUGGAAAAAAGUUCUUAUCCCUCAAAUGAGGAAAAUAAUUCAGAGAAAGGUCUAGAAAGAAAUCACCCUCGGCAUUUGUGCGCCCAAAACCUCGGUAUGUCGUCUUCCUUUGAUAUGCCUAAACGGGCUUCAGAAAAGCCAGUGUGGAAAUUACCUCAUCCUAUUUUACCCUUUUCAGGGAACCCGGAAUCCUUAAAGUCUGUCACUGUAUCAUCAAAUAGUGAGCUUUCAACUGCCAUAACUAAGCCUAGAGCAAAAUCGUUAUCUGCCAUGGAUGCGGAAAGGUGCACUAAGCCUUGCAAAGACACUCAAAAGAAGAACUCUUUAAAGAAGUUGCUCAACAUGAAACUGUCCAUCUGUUUCAUGAAGAGUGACUUCCAGAAAUUUUGGUCCAAGAAUAGCCAGCUUGGAGACACAACCGCAGGCAGCCUGUCAGGUGGGGAGAGGAAAGGAAUUGAAAGUGAUGAAAGUGAAAGGCAUGGCAUGUUGGUAGAAGAGAAGAGAAGUAAACCCAUCAAGGCAUAUUCUGCAGAUAACUACAGCCUAGAAUCCCAAAAGAAGAGGAAGAAGUCUCGGGGUCAGACCAGUGCAGCUAAUGGACCAAGAGCUGAGUCUUUGGAUGAUCAAAUGCUCUCCAGGGAGUCCUCAUCUCAGGCGCCUUGCAAAUCUAUUACGAGUGGCUGUGCACCAGAGUAUGAAAAUGUACGCCAUUAUGAGGAAAUACCAGAGUAUGAGAACUUGCCAUUUAUAAUGGCCAUGGGGAAAACUCCCGAGUUAGAAUGGCAGAAUUCCAGAAGCAUGGAGGACACCGAUGCAAAUGUGUAUGAGGUAGAAGAGCCAUAUGAAGCUCCAGGUGGCCAGGUGCAACUUGGACCCAGACAUCAGCAUUCCAGCAGUUCUGGAGCAUCCCAGGAGGGACACAAUGAUCUUGGUCUUGGUGAACUUCCUUCGGAUGAGGAAGAAGACAUGAACAGUUCUGACGAAGACGAUGUCAGCUCUGACUCUAGUAAAGGGGACCCUGACCUGGGAGACAAACAGGAUGAAGAUACUGGAAUGAAGAGUAAAGUCCAUCAUAUUGCCAAGGAGAUUAUGAGCUCAGAGAAGGUGUUUGUGGAUGUGUUAAAACUUUUGCAUAUUGAUUUCCGAGACGCAGUGGCCCAUGCUUCCAGGCACCUUGGGAAACCCGUGAUUGAGGACCGGAUCCUAAAUCAGAUCCUGUACUACUUGCCUCAGCUGUAUGAGCUCAACCGGGAUCUCCUGAAGGAACUGGAGGAAAGAAUGUCAAACUGGACUGAACAACAUAGAAUUGCUGAUAUCUUUGUAAAGAAGGGACCAUAUCUAAAAAUGUAUUCCACGUACAUCAAAGAAUUUGACAAAAAUAUAGCUUUGCUGGAUGAGCAGUGCAAGAAGAACCCAGCUUUUGCUGCUGUUGUUAGAGAUUUUGAGAUGAGCCCACGCUGUGCUAAUCUGGCCCUCAAGCACUACCUGCUCAAGCCAGUUCAGCGGAUCCCGCAGUACAGGCUGCUGCUGACAGAUUAUUUGAAAAAUCUUCUAGAGGACUCUGGAGAUUACAGAGACACUCAAGAUGCCCUUGCUGUCGUUAUAGAGGUUGCCAACCAUGCCAAUGACACCAUGAAGCAAGGAGACAACUUUCAGAAGCUUAUGCAGAUUCAGUACAGCUUAAAUGGACACCAUGAAAUAGUGCAGCCUGGACGGGUUUUUCUCAAAGAAGGAACUCUGAUGAAGCUGUCUCGGAAAGUCAUGCAGCCCCGAGUGUUUUUCCUGUUUAAUGAUGCCCUGUUGUAUACAACACCAGUGCAGUCGGGGAUGUAUAAGCUGAACAAUAUGCUUUCAUUGGCUGGAAUGAAGGUCAGAAAACCCACCCAAGAAGCAUAUCAGAAUGAACUAAAGAUUGAAAGUGUAGAACGCUCCUUUAUCCUCUCAGCCAGUCCUAAAACCAUGGAGUUUAUUCUUGGCUUACCAUGUAGGUAAAAUGUCUGAUUGCUGAUCCAGUAAUGUGUUUGAAGCACAAAAGUAAAAAUGUUCUGUGAAGAGAAUAAUAAUGCUGAAAAGUGCCUUGCUGAUCUUUUUUUUUUUUUAGUGAAUACUUCAAACUUUUACAAUGGCACCUAAUGUUUUUAAAGAUACCUAGUGCUUUAUAAUUCACUAGGAAGUUUUCACGUAACAUUGAAAGGUCAUAACAAACCUAGGUACUGUCAUCUCACUAAAAAUGAGGAAGACUAAGUUAGAGAAAAAGUGAAUUGCUGUCUUCAUGAUACAUAGCUGGCAAAAUCAGGAUACAAAUAGAAAUUUUUUACUUUUAAAUCUGUUGUUAUUUAUGAUACCACAUUGCCUCAAAAUGGAACCUGCAGUGACUUACUAUGUGUAAAUCAAAAUAUAUUACCAUUAUUUAAAUCAAGUGCCAAGGAAACCAGAAGCUGUAUGACUCAUACGUGUACAUUACUGAGUUACUGGCCAAGUGGCAGAAGUGAAUGUUUGGCAGGAUUUGGCUGGUGUAGGGAGAGACACCAACAGCCACAGCAUGCUCCACUGCUGGACCUGGAUAGCAAGUCUCAGCAGCUCUCAAACGUAACCUUUAAUGUAAUAAAAAUAGUAGCAAACACUUAUGUAGCAUUUACUUUGUGCCAGGCACUAUCCGAAGCACUUUCUGUGUUUUCAUUCAUUAAAUCUUCAUAACAACCUAAUAAGGUGAGUUUACUAAUUUUAUACCCAUUUUAUGGUGAAAAAAGCCAUCCAACUAUUAAGUGUCAGGGCCAGGAUUUGAACCCAGGCAGCCUGCUUCCCACUGUGUCUGUACCAGUAAAAUCAACUGGAAUUCUUAGUAGCAGCUAGAGUCCUAACUGGAGCCAUUUAGUACCUGGCAUCAGGCACAAUGCUGAACUUGUCAUUUAUUUUCUCUUUUAAUUUCCAUGAUAACUAGGAGGGUAGGUGUUGUCUUGACCUUCCAGAUGAGAAAAAUACAGGCUCAGAAAGGUUAAAUAACACAUCUAAGAUUAUACAACUACUAGGCAGUGGAGCCCAAAUUUUAACCUAGGUAUAUCUGACAGUGAAAGUCAUGCUUUCAACCAUUAUCAUAUUGCCUAUGUCCAUGGAUGUCAAGGACUCAGACCAAAUGUCUGACUUCCCAUACUCAGGACAAAAGCAGCCCCCUGGGUCAUUGUUACUCUUCUGAAAUGGAAUGGCCACUGUGCCUGAUACCAGAUCUGGGGAUGAGAGAAGACAAAUAGGUUUUGUUCAAGGUUUGUCAAAAGCCAACUACCAAAGCAAAGCAGUUUCUGGGGGGGUACCUGAAGCAUCCUGCAGAUUAAUAUUUGGAGAGUGAUGGUAAACUCUUGGUCACCUGGAACUGAGACCCUUUUUUGUUUGUUUUGUUUGAAUUUGAGUUUGAAUUUGAACAAAAGUGCCAGGAAUAUCAAGUCUCUAUGUAGCAGGCUCCUGGCAAAUACUUAAGCUUGGUUCUUAAAAUCAAGAAAGUGACUUUCAAAUAUCCACAGAGAAAAUACCUACAGGAAAGUCAAGUUUUCAGUUGCACUUAAAUAUCCUAACUAAAAAUAUGCUUUGGUAAAAACAAUUACAUUUUAUUAAAAACUAAGUAAUUUAGGAAAUGAUGGUAAGUCCUUUUUUCUUUGGUUGCCAUUCAGGCAAAUAUGUGGAUGUCCAGAUCAGCCUCUUAGACCUUAGUAAGGUCUUUGGAAUUUUAUGUGUGAUAGGAAACCAUCUGAGGGUCUUAAACUAAGAAUUGGUAUGAUCUCAUGUAUAUUUUUAAAAGAGGGCCCUGGCUUCUUUGUAGAAGAUAGACCAUCAGAAACUAGUUUGGAAGUUGGGAGACCAGGUAGGAAGCUAGAUGAAGCUCUCUUGGACUAGAAUGGUAAGAAAUGGUCGGAGUCAGGUAGAGUUAAUAGGAUUAUUGAUGGAUUGAACGUGGGUUCCGCGGGAAGAACGAGAAAACCGGAAAGUUCUUGAUAAAGGGAGAGUAAAUUUCCAAGGGAGGAUUAAGGUGGCCUGGGGGAAGGGGAAUGUUGCAUGCUGAAUGCCGCCAGUGUGCCAUGCUCUUCUUCUGGGCGCCCCCAACCACAGCGAGCGGGUACGGUAUAACCUGUAGGAAGGAGAUGAGAGGUCCUCCUGUGAUCUGGGUCCUGUCUACCUCACCAGCCUGAUUUCCGUCCAUUCGCCCUGUCCCCCACCCG